GCAUUUUUGAGAAUCUGAUCAGAGAGAGGGAGGGGGCAUGAUUCGGAUUUCGGAGGAAGAAGAAGGAUGGCAUUUUGGGUAAAUAAGCUGCGAAAGUGAGGGCGGAGAGUUCUCUCGGGAUGGGCGUGGCCAAAUCGUGGAGGUUCAGCUUGACACCGGCGGCAGCGAAGCUGGCUCCGUUACAGCAACCCCACGGCUACAAUGGCGGUGGUGCGGCGCCGCCCAAGCAGCUGAGCUCGAGAUCGCCGAGAACGGCGACCAGGAGGUGGUCGUUAGCGUGUGGGCUGAUGCUGUUUGGGCUGGGCCUGGUGUCGCUGUUCACUGGACACGUGGCCUCUGAUCUCGAAUGGUGGUACACUCAGCGCGUGGCCAGUCGCGGCUUCUACUUGAAGCUGACCGGAAAUGGUCGUGAGCCGAUUGAUGUAUGGAAGUCAAAGUACUCGAAAUUCUACUACGGUUGCAGUGAUAGAGGCCGGCAUUAUACUCCGGCGAAGAAAGAGAAGGCAUCAAAUGGAUACUUGCUGAUUGCAACAAGUGGAGGGUUGAACCAGCAAAGAACAGGAAUAACAGAUGCAGUGGUUGUGGCUCGAAUUCUUAAUGCUACCUUAGUUGUGCCCGAGCUGGAUCAUAAUUCCUACUGGAAGGAUGAUAGUGACUUUGUCAAUAUUUUUGAUGCGGAAUGGUUCAUAUCUUCUCUCGCAAAAGAUGUCACCAUUAUUCGGAGAGUUCCUGAAAAAGUCAUGAGGAGUAUGGAAAAACCUCCAUAUACCAUGCGUGUUCCUAGGAAAUCUGAGCCUGAAUAUUAUAUUGAUCAAGUUUUACCAAUACUCUUGAGGAGACGUGUUCUGCAACUGACGAAGUUUGAUUAUAGACUUUCGAGUAACCUUGAUGACGAGCUGCAGAAGUUACGUUGUCGUGUUAAUUAUCAUGCACUAAGAUUUACAAAAUCUAUCAAUGAGCUCGGUCAGAAACUUGUUAUGAGAAUGCAACAGAUGACAACACGUUUUGUUGCUGUUCACUUGAGGUUUGAACCUGAUAUGCUAGCAUUUUCUGGGUGUUACUAUGGUGGGGGUGAUAAAGAGAGAUAUGAGCUUUCUGAAAUAAGAAAACGAUGGGCGACUUUACCUGAUUUGAGCCCUAUUGAUGAGCGAAAACGAGGAAAAUGUCCGCUGACUCCUCAUGAAGUUGGUCUAAUGCUGCGUGCACUUGGUUUCACAAAUGACACAUACCUCUAUGUAGCUUCUGGUGAAAUAUAUGGAGGAGACGAGACUCUGAGGCCUCUAAGAGAACUGUUCCCAAACUUUUACACGAAGGAGAUGCUUGCUAAUGAAGAGCUAAAACCUUUUCUUCCUUUCUCUUCUCGUCUUGCUGCAGUUGACUACAUUGUCUCUGACGAAAGUGAUGUUUUUGUCACUAAUAAUAAUGGGAAUAUGGCCAAGAUUCUCGCGGGUCGAAGGAGGUAUAUGGGUCAUAAGAGGACAAUCCGGCCGAAUGCAAAGAGGCUCAGUGCUUUGUUCAUGGCAAGGGAUCAGAUGGACUGGGGUACAUUUGCCAAAAAAGUAAAGUCCUGCCAAAGAGGAUUCAUGGGCGAACCUGAGGACAUGAAACUUGGACGAGGUGAAUUUCAUGAAUUUCCAUACGCUUGUAUCUGUGAGAAACCAUUAAGUAGUAUUGACAACAACGAUCAUCACACAUGAGUUGCGAAGGACUCGGCAGGGAAAACCAGGAAUCCGUAUAACGUAAGGGAGAAGGCCCUGCACAUAUCUAUGAAGAGGAACUUGGGAAAAUCUCAAAGAGAGAAUGAGGAUGACGAAGUUUUCCCAGACUAAUUACAUGCAGAACUGAAGCUAAUCAAGGACAUUAUGGUGGUUGGAAGAAAUUCUCAUCUAAAUUAUUGGGGUAUGACACUCGCUUUGCGGCUUCCUUAAUAUGGCAUGUUUUUUUCCAUCAUGCCAACACAAUUUUAUGCACGGCUCGGGGCGAUGUCAAUAUAUCUGGUUGGAUUGAUGAAUGACUGCAUUGGAUCCAUGUAUAGAAGAGUUCAGUGGCUGCAAUUGUGUAUAAGUAGCGUUGCUAGUAAAUAACUUGUAGGUUUGACAGUAACUCGUUGUUGCCAGCUUUUGCAUUAACCAAAGUUAAUUGUGUUUGUAUUUUCACUCAAUAUAGCUUCUACAUUUCAAUUG